ACACCCACUCCGUCCCUCCCAUCCCACCGCUCCUUCCUCCUCGCCUUCGACCGCCAUUGACACCACCUCCAUUUCCACUCCCGUUCUUGAUCUUGCAACCCGAAUGCGCCUCCAUUUUCCCUCUGCUCCAAUCCCAGAGUGAUCGCUGCUGCUCUUGAGAUAGAGCCGGACAGCAUUCCCCCUCCGAUCCCUUAGCCAAACCUUGAGAAAAACCCGCGAAUCAUGUAGAGCACACCAUCGGUCUUCAGCAUCGACCCAGAUCCAACCAAAAAACCACAAAAAAAAUCAGUCACUUCCCUCCUAGUAGUUCCAAAAGGCUGCAGGGUUGCAUAUCUAGUAGGCUGGAUUCACCCGCACUGAGACCUUAGCACGAAAUCUAGAAAAGCCUCCAGAUCAUGUAAAUUUGUCCGCCGUCUUUGCUUGCCACCCAGCCAAAAAACCAACAAAAAAAAGUUGACAGAAACUCCAAUCAUGCAUCGCUAGUCGUAGCCAUCAGUCGCCGUCCUGCGAUCCUGCUGGAGGUAAUCCGUCCAUUGCCGUAGCACCAUCGCCUUCGCGAAAACCGUCAAAUCAUGUAGUUAGUGAGCCUCCUAUUUCCAUUCCACCGCCGCAUUCCUCUUGAAAACACCCAAAAAAAGAGAGAGGGAGUUGAUUAGCAGAGUGGUGUGAUGGAGGCGGCGGCGGCAACUGGGGCGGAGACGCCGAACCUGUCGGCGCCCGCGACGCCGGGGACGCCGGCGCCGCUGUUCGCGGGGCCGCGGGUGGACUCGCUGUCGUACGAGCGCAAGUCGAUGCCGCGGUGCAGGUGCCUGCCGGUGGACGCGUGGAUGUCGCCCAGCGCCUGCGUCCUGGAGAUCCCCGCGCCGGACGUCUCGCUCCCCCGCAAGCUUGGCGCGGAGUUCGUGGGCACGUUCAUCCUCAUCUUCUUCGCGACGGCGGCGCCGAUCGUGAACCAGAAGUACGGCGGCGUGAUCUCGCCGUUCGGGAACGCGGCGUGCGCGGGCCUGGCGGUGACGACCAUCAUCCUGUCGACGGGCCACAUCUCCGGCGCGCACCUGAACCCGUCCCUGACCAUCGCCUUCGCGGCGUUCCGCCACUUCCCCUGGCUCCAGGUCCCCGCCUACGUGACGGCCCAGGUGCUGGGUUCCAUCUGCGCCGGGUUCGCGCUCAAGGGCGUCUUCCACCCGUUCCUCUCCGGCGGGGUCACCGUCCCCGACGUCUCCAUCUCCACCGCCCAGGCCCUUUUCACCGAGUUCAUCAUCACCUUCAACCUCCUCUUCGUCGUCACCGCGGUCGCCACCGACACCCGCGCAGUGGGCGAGCUCGCCGGGAUCGCGGUGGGAGCCGCCGUCACGCUCAACAUCCUCGUGGCCGGGCCGACGACGGGAGGGUCGAUGAACCCGGUGAGGACGCUGGGGCCGGCGGUAGCGGCGGGGAACUACAGGCAGCUGUGGAUAUACCUGGUGGCGCCGACGCUGGGUGCGGUGUGCGGCGCCGGCGUGUACAAGCUGGUCAAGCUCAGGGACGUGAACGGCGAGACGCCGCGCCCGCAGCGCAGCUUCCGGCGCUGACGCGAUGUGCACGCAGACUCCGGCCCGUGCAUGCACGGUUGGUUGCUGAUCUAUGGCACUGUCGAUCGGGCAGCAACAGCCGGGUGCGUACGGACGCCGGUAGCAUCUACUCCUACGUACGAUUUCCAUGUUCCAGACUUCCAGUGCCACGGAUUGUGUCCCGUGAUUGAUUGUAAUAAAUGAAUUAACGCCGUUCUGCACUUCUGCUACGUCCAGAACGGCGUGGACUUGUGCUUUAUUUACUCCUAUAUAUAUGUGCGCCCGGGCGUGUCAGAAUAAACAUUACGCCCAUGCGCCGGCUGACGGCCGGGCAUCUGGCUGUCUGAAUGUACUACCGUCUAUUUCUACAAAAAGUUGUAUACGUCCGCAUUUCCUUCUUU